UCCUACUCACUGUCAUUGACCAGGUUAUUAUUAAUCUGUUAACUGUAAUUAAAGCCAUAAGGUAGUUUUGAAACAAGUUUUAUAUCUCAUAAAACAUCUCGGGGGGUCAUAGUGCAGGAUGUUAUAUGAAUCUUUUCCCUAGUCAUUGUGCUUAUACUUCUUCCAUACAGUUUUUUUUUCACUGUUUCUCCAGCUAACACUUUUAAAUGGACUCUCGAGAGGCUCCAUUAAGACUCCACUUUCACGAUACUGUCCAGAUCAAUAUUCACUCAUCUUCUCAACCACGGUGGGAUGACCCUCCUCCUGCCACCCACUGUAACAAUACAACAGUUGCUGGUCGUCGAAAUGUUCCACCUCAAUUACGAAGGAGGAAUGAGACAGAAGAAUUUCACCAGAUCUUUCUGAGGGCAAAGCCUAAACUUCGUGGAGUCUUCCAGAUAUUUUUGGCUCACUUUCAGCUGGCUCUUGGGAUCGGGCUGAUCUAUAUUGAUGGCAUAAACAAUACCCGCUUGAGCUAUAUUACAUUUUGGGGACCAACAAUUUUGGUCAUCUCAGGAUCUAUUGCUUUGCGCGCAAGGGUCAUACCAUCUCGCAAGCUGGUCAAGACAUGUUUCAUCUUGCAAACCAUCAGCUGCUCUGUUUCCAUUGCUGGGAUCGCAUUAUGCGCCAUUGAUGAUUUUCGAAUAUAUACACAUUACUCUGGUGGUCUUUUUGGGAAUGUAGGAACUCUCGCUAUUAUCAAUUUUCUACUAGUAACAAAUUUAGUGCAGCUGGUUUCAUCUGGAUGUAUGGUUAUAUACAGCUACCACUCUCUGAAAUGUAUUUCAAGGAAUCAAUCACAGGCAACCGCAGCCCAGAACCUUGGUGUUAUUUCGCUUGAUCCACCAGCUUAUUCCGAAGUGUCAUCAACUCUUCCUCAACUGCCAGUACAGUCCCAAUCAUUGGUGUUCCCAUAUUCACCAACAUAUCUCUACCCUCCAGAAUCCACAGGGCCACCAGUGUACAACAAUCUCCCAGAGUAUUCUCAGCCCCCAGUGUUUUCUCCAACAGUAGAUCCUCCACCACCUUACUCGCAGUAAUGCACACCUAGAUACUGACUUUUGAAAGAUGAAACCUGAAGAAGUGAUUCAUCGCAGCAUUAGCUGGCUGACAGGAAACACUUCUUGCCAUGCAGAGACGAAAAGUAUGUUUCACUCCCUGUCUGCUCCUUCUCCUGAUGAUUUACCUGCAGGAAACCUGAGGCGGCACAGUGGAUAAAGUGAUAAGAACUUGCACCUGUUAGCUCUAGGAUCAUUGGUUCAAAUCCCAGCCAUCAGUUUGCAUGUUCUCCCUGUGCCUCUGUGGGUUUCCUAAAAUGUUGUCCCACACUCUAAAGACAUGCUGGUAGGUAAAUUGACCCUAAUAUGUAGAUCAUAAACUCAUUGAGGGCAGGGACUGAUGUGAAUGUACAAUGUAUAUGUAAAGUGCUAUAUAAAUUGAUGGUGCUAUACAAGUAGCUGUAAUAAAUAAAGCUGAUUGCUAGGCAAGUAGCUAGAUCCACCAAUAAAAUACAUUUUUGGGAGUUGUUAAA